CUGUGUCGUCGUCUGGAUGUGACGUCACUUCCUGUACAGCAUUCGGGGAAAACAAACUACAACAAGCAAGAAAAAUGCUAAAUCGAAUAAUGGCCAACAAAUGAAGCAAUGGUACAAACAUUUUGUACGCCAUGAAUUUAAGGGGACUCUUUCAGGAUUUUAAUCCCAGCAAGUUCCUGAUCUACUUGUGCCUGCUACUUUUCUCCGUCUUGUUGUCCUUGAGGCUGGAUGGCGUUAUCCACUGGAGCUACUGGGCAGUGUUCACACCAAUAUGGCUUUGGAAAGUGUUGGUCAUCAUCGGGGCCUCAGUGGGCACCGGCGUGUGGGCACACAACCCUCAAUACAGGGCUGAAGGUGAGACGUGCGUGGAGUUCAAGGCCAUGCUGAUUGCCGUGGGGCUCCAUGUCCUCUUGCUCAUGUUUGAAGUGUUGGUGUGCGACCGGGUGACUAGGGGAAGUGGAAACUACUUCUGGCUGCUUGUAUUUAUGCCGCUCUUCUUUGUGUCACCCGUCUCUGUGGCAGCGUGCGUCUGGGGUUUUCGACACGAUCGCUCCCUUGAGUUGGAAGUGUUUUGCUCAGUGAACAUUCUUCAGUUUAUUUUCAUCGCUCUGAAACUGGACAAGAUCAUCAUCUGGCCAUGGCUUGUGGUGUGUGUGCCACUGUGGAUCCUCAUGUCCUUCCUGUGUCUUGUUGUCCUCUACUACAUCAUCUGGUCUGUCCUUUUUCUACGCUCCAUCGACAUCAUCGCUGAGCAGCGGCGGACUCACAUCACAAUGGCCAUCAGCUGGAUGACCAUUGUAGUUCCGCUUCUCACCUUUGAGAUCCUCCUGGUGCACAAGCUGGACGACGGCAACAACAGUCUAAGCUACGUGUGUAUCUUCGUGCCACUGUGGCUCUCACUGCUCACGCUCAUGGUCACCACAUUUGGCCAAAAGGGAGGAAACCACUGGUGGUUUGGCAUCCGCAAAGACUUUUGCCACUUCCUUCUGGAGCUUCUCCCCUUCUUGCGAGAGUAUGGAAACGUCUCUUAUGACCACCAACGCAGCGACGAUGCUGAGGCUGCGGAGGACCCCCCCGUCCCUGAGCCGCCCCCCAAGAUUGCUCCCAUGUUUCAUAAGAAGACAGGUGUGGUGAUCACACAGAGUCCUGGCAAAUACUUUGUCCCCCCUUCCAAACUGUGCAUCGACAUGCCUGACUAAAGGCGACACGGCGCUCUCGCUUGGACUCUGCAUGAACAAAGUAGAGCAAGCGGCUCUUAUUUUCACAUGACUAAGUGGAGUCUUUUUUGAAGGUCCUUUGGAAUACAGUGAAGAUAAAGCUGACACAGCAGAGGAGUUGAACGCUUACAAAUGGCGCUUGUGCGAUGCAGACUGACAUCCUCACAGGAGGAUUCAUAAAGUUGUGGUUCCAUCUUGUUGUGUUUGCUCUUUGCAAUCAAUCACUUUGCUUGCAUGAUGGUUCCACUUUGGAGGCUGUGUGCACUGAAACAAAUUGCACUUAAAUAGUCAGACAAGUUUUUAUAUUCCAGUGUGUAAAUAAGUGAAUUUGUCGUGAGGGACCAGAAAAAAAGAAACAAUAUUCUUUCUAUUCACUUUUAAGGAGUCGACGUGUUUCUGAUCUUCAUUCAUUCUCUAGUUUCCAUCCGGCUUGUUUGGUGUCAGGAUGAGAGAAUAAACUGUUGCAACAUC